CUCAUCAACCUUGUAUUUCUCCCAAGGCAGCGGGAAGUGAAAAAGUUGCAGAGAUUGUCAAGGUUUUACGGUAGGGCAACAAUGGACACCUCUAAAGAAGAUGGUAUUAAUUUACUCGAACGUGCUUCUCGAGCUACUCGAGGGAAACGGAUGACGAAGUUGCUUGAUGAAGAACUUGAAGAGGAUGAAUUGUUUUGGAACCAGGAUGCUCUUAAAGAGGAAGAAGAUGACAUAAAUUAUAAAGAAGAAGGAGAGGAUGAUGCUGAUGUGUUUGAUAGUGAUUUUGACGAAGAUGAACCUGAGCCAGAUGAGGAGGGAUUCAAUGAUGCGGAUGUAAGGGAGAAACCAAAGAAGAAAUUGCUUCCUCCUGGAGGGAAAACAUUGGCGAAGAGAAUGAACUUAUUUCCUGGGAAAACUUUGAGGAAGAAAACAACCAAGAAGAAGUCCCUCUCACAAUUGGAAAAAUCUACAGACGAUGAAGAUGAAGACUCUCCUCGGGAGCAGCAGACCAGCCCACCUGAACAUUAUGAUGUGCAUGAUGAUGUAGAAGGUGGUGAGAGAACAGUUAGGAAGUCUACGAGAACUUCAGUCGUUGUAAGACAAGCUGAAAGAGAAGCGAUACGAGCAGCAAUGCAAGCGACAACAAAGCCGAUUAAAAGGAAGAAAGAAGGUGAAGAAAAGCGAAUGACCCAAGAAGAGAUGCUUCUAGAAGCAGCCCAAACUGAAAUCAUGAACUUGAGGAACUUGGAGCGCGUUUUAGCCAGGGAGGAAGAAGUUAAGAAAAGAGCAGUCGUGCAUAAAUCAGUUUUUAGUGGUCCCCAAACACGAUAUUUUUCCCGAGAUGGUCAGUCAUUUAUAGAAUUUAAUAAUGGGAUUUCCUUUCAAUCCGAGAUAUGUGCAACAGCUCCCUCAUAUCCUCAGAAGGCUGUAUGCGCAGUUACUGGGUUUCCUGCUAAGUAUCGUGACCCAAAGACGGGGUUACCUUACGCUACGAAAGAAGCUUUCAAAAUUAUUCGGGAAAGAUUUUUGAAGGAAAACACUAGAGAAAAUGAGAAGAAAGGAAUGGAUAUCCUGCUUGAUUCAAUCUCAGGUCAGGGUUUUUCGGGUAAGAGGAAGAGAUCGGAAGUUUCAAAUAGAGGAGAAACAUCAUAUUUACGAUAUUGGGCACGAUUUCGUCAUAUUCCAGCUCUUGAAAACCAAGUUCUUGAGUAGCCAUACGAGGUGGUAAGAAAUUUGAGACAAUCAGACGAUUCAUUCUGAACUGUAUCUUCUCAGUGUUGUCAACAGGCACAACAAGCACCGAGAUUCCAAACUGGUAACACCCAACACCUCCAUUUAUGGCUUACGGAAUCCACAGUGUUCAUAUUGUAAGGUAAUCCAGUUGAAAGUGAAGCUGUAGGUCAAAUCUAAGUGUGAGGAAAUGAACAAGCUGCUCUGCCAUUGCUGCCAAAAAUUGCCAUUGAGGACCAAGAUUUGGAAUGGAGUCAGAGGCAUACCCAUUUUUGUUAAGUGAAGGUGUAAAAGGCACCUGCUACUGAAAUCAAAAUCUGCGAAACAUAAUAUCUACAAUAUGCUACUAUGUCUCAUUCAUCCCUGUUUCCAUUUCUUCUCAUUAUGUGGCAACUGACCUAAAUGGGUUGUGAACAUUGUGUACAUAUUUCUCUCCAAAAGAAAAGGAAUGUCGCAAUUUUAAAUUA